ACGAAGUCAGAGAUCAGGUCAAAACAAAAUGCAAUAUGGCAGGCCUAUGGUCUGGUUAUGUUGACAGAAUAAAGUCUAUUUUCAGCUUCAUUUGGACCUAUCUGUGGGUGAUUUGGUUUGUUCUUGUAUUUUUCCUGAUUUACGUGCUCAGGACACCGCUAAAAAUCAGUGAAAAUAUGAACAUUGUGGCCAUGUUUCUGAACACUUUAACUCCCAAGUUUUAUGUGGCCUUAACUGGAACAUCUUCAUUAAUUUCCGGCCUAAUAUUGAUUUUUGAAUGGUGGUACUUUCGAAAGUAUGGAACAUCUUUUAUUGAGCAGGUUUCUCUAAACCACCUGUCACCUUGGCUCGGAGGGGGUGAAAACAGUAACAGUAAUAAUUCAGGACAGAACACAGCUCCAGAAUGUAAAACAUGGAGGAAUCCUUUAAACCUGUUUCGAGGGUCCGAGUAUAACCGGUACAUAUGGGUGACAGGGAAAGAUCCUUUAACAUACUACGACAUGAACCAGUCCGCACAGGAUCAUCAGACUCUAUUCACGUGUGAAGCAGAUAACACAAAACCAGCUGAAGAAAUAAUGUUGAGAGCAUGGAGAGAGAGGAAUCCACAAAACAGGAUCAAAGCUGCCAAAGAAGCCUUAGAAAUUGUCCCAGAAUGUUCUACAGCAUUGAUCAUGUUAGCUGAAGAGGAAGCUACCACUAUUUUAGAGGUAGAAAAAUUACUGAAACAAGCAUUGAAAGUUGCUGAGGCAAAUUAUCGAAAGAGUUUAGCAUUACAACACCAUAACUCAAGUAACGAAAAAAUACAUCGGCGAGAUACAAAUGUGCUUGUUUAUAUAAAACGUCGUCUUGCAAUGUGCGCCCGCAAAUUAGGUCGUGUGAAGGAAGCAGUGAAAAUGAUGAGAGACUUAAUCAAAGAGUACCCAAUGGUAAGCGUAUUCCAAAUACACGAAAAUUUAAUUGAAACACUUUUGGAGAUGCAGGCGUACGCCGAUGUACAAGCCGUGCUAGCUAAAUAUGAUGACAUCACAUUACCCAAGUCUGCAACAAUCUGUUAUACGGCAGCAUUACUAAAAGCAAGAGCUGUUAGUGAUAAAUUUUCUCCAGAAGCAGCGUCCAAGCGGGGACUAAGUACAGCUGAAAUGAAUGCAGUUGAAGCUAUACACAGAGCUGUUGAAUUUAAUCCACAUGUUCCAAAGUAUUUGUUAGAAAUGCGAAGCCUAAUCUUGCCACCUGAACACAUUCUCAAACGUGGAGACAGCGAAGCUAUUGCAUACUCCUUUUUCCAUCUACAGCACUGGAAACGAGUAGAAGGCGCCCUCAAUCUGCUUCAUUGUACAUGGGAGGGAACUUUUCGUAUGAUUCCCUACCCCCUUGAAAAGGGCCAUCUUUUCUAUCCUUACCCAAGUUGUACAGAGAGUGUGGAUCGUGAAUUGUUACCAGCUGCCUUCCAUGAAGUAUCUGUCUAUCCGAAGAAAGAGCUGCCAUUUUUUAUCUUGUUUACAGCCGGUCUGUGCACGUUCACCGCUCUCUUGGCCCUUCUCACUCACCAGUUCCCAGAUCCAAUGGGAUUUCUAGCUAAAGCAUUCCUUUCUUCAGUAUCUGUUCCCUUCAGCUAUUUGGUGGAUAAACUGGAGACAGUAAUUCCCUCCAGUUUACUGCAGCAACUGACAAAGCUCUAGCGCCCCCAACGGUCAAGAAGGGAGUACACAGCAAGAUGUUGCCUAAAGACAGGGCAGGUGCUACACAAAUUUGAAAUUGUAGUUUCAACUACACUGCUUCUGAAAUUUCGAAAAUGAAAUUGCUCUAAUUUAUUUUCUGUGAGGGUACUUAACCAUAAAAAAGCACUUUGUCAAAACAAUAAACACUUGGUUCUCAGUCAUUAGUGCUACUUUUUAAAAAUAUUUAUUACUGAAAUGAUGUGUGAUGUUUUAUACACAUUUACUAUUAAGUCAUUCAUGGAGUAAGAGGUUUCUCAAAAUUCAAUUAAUUAUCCAUUGUUUUUCAUGGUAAACCAUUUAAUUCAGAGCCCUCUCAAGAUAUCCUUUUAAUGUGCAAAUUAUUUUUGAAAUUAAUCAACAAUAUUUUGAAUCUGGACAUAGGGAGUCUGGCAGCCAGUUGUUCUGUUACCUUUGGCAGGUAAUACGGUGCACCAGGUAGUGUCUUAACACUCUGACCGCCGGGGGUUUGAUAAAAUGGUAUCAGCCACUGCCAGACAUUUUAGCAAAUUUUAACACUUUUCUGAAUCUUGUUGAGAGUGCGUAUGUGAUCAGAUUUACAUGAAUAAAUACGACAAGAACUACAAACAUCAUAGCUUGACAAUGGUACCAAACACUUUAUUCUAAUCACAAUCUGUGACCCGUAAAAUGAAAAUGACUCACUUCUGGAGAUUUACGCAAGCUAGACAAUUGCGAUUUUGUGAAAGUACAUACCGCUACACACAAUGUAAACAAACAGAUAGUGAAGUCCAGAUUGAAUAUAGUGUUCAAAUUGUUAGUACAUAUCGGUAAUUACCCCAUCUAUCGGAUUCUGUAAAAAAACCUGAAACCUGGAGAUUUUUUAAGGUGAAUAAAGCUCUGUCCAUACUAUUAAAUUGUGAUGAUGUCAUAAUUAUAUCACAGAUAUUUGUCACAAAAUGUGAGUCUGGACAAUGCUUUAUGUAUUUAGUUUUGAUUAGCAUCACAUAUAUAUUUAUAAAGAAUACUCAUUAUGUUUGAAAAAAGGAAAACACCAGAAGGUUGGUUUAUAGUUUACCUGAAAAAUUCUCAGUUGACUAAACGAUAAAUUACUCUAAUAACCAACCAAAGAAACAGUAAACUAACUAUUCAUGCUGAAGAAACCACAAUAAAUCUGCGGCUUUAUUAAGGCUAAUUCUGUAGUUCCUGAUGAUUGAUGGUGCCCUGGCAAGUUUAGACAGUUUGCUCAAAACUUGAUCGAUUGUUCUAUUAUUGUAUUUGAUUCAUCAUCGUCUGUCAUUCAGCAUCCAGAAAUGCUCUGGUUUGAACUUACCAUUAAUCACAUCACCGCAAUUUACAUUGUUUUGUUUUGACUAAGCUGCUGGUUCACGGCCAGCGACAUUCGUCAAAUGAUCUUUAACGAUUGACAGUUAAAAAAACAUGUUACUCUAAAAUGUUUUCAUGGUUUCCAGUUGAUAUCAUUGAUUUUGACAAUGCUUCCAAUGACCCGGUCAGUGGCCUUUCUAAAUUACUUUUACUUUACCCCCCACAAUUCCUUUCAUUAUCGCCCUUCAAGCACAACAUAAGUAUUAAACUCCAAGAAAUCUAUUGUUAUUAUUUACCCUAUCCAUUCACAUGCAAUAUUUUUUUAUAAUUAAGAAAGCAUAAUGAAAGAAUUGAUUAAUAUUAUCUUGAUCUGUUAAACACAGACUCAUGACUGUGUGGUUGAGACCCAGCCUAAAAACACUACCUUAUUUUAUCAUCCUUGUCAAAUACUGUAUGUCUAUUUCUUUAUUGCACAAACAUAAAUGAUAACAAUGUUCCUGUUGUUAAAAAAAAAAAAAACAUUAAAAGUUUUGAAACUUGUUGCAUUCACUGAAAAAU